UUUCUCCAGUUCCAGUUAGCGAGAGACAUUCGAGACACCGCAUUAGUAUAAGCCAGGCAACGCGAGCUUUGCCAGGCACUUAUUGUGAACAAGAAAGAGCAAAUUAGAACAUGUCAAAGAUAAUCGAAUGCGUUCCAAACUUCUCGGAAGGUCGGGACAAGGCGGUCAUCGAGGAGAUAGCCACUGCCAUCCGGGAGACCCCGGGGGCGACGCUCCUCGACGUGGACCCCGGCCACUCCACCAACCGCACCGUCUACACCUUCGUCGGUAACCCCGCGGAUGUUGUCGAGGCCGCUCUCAACGCCUCCAAAGUAGCCUACAAGUUGAUUGACAUGACCAAGCACAAAGGCGAGCACCCUCGUAUGGGCGCCCUGGACGUGUGUCCGUUCAUCCCUGUGCGAGGGGUGACGGAGGAGGAAUGUGUGGUCGUCGCCAAGACGUUCGGAGCCCGCUUGGCGCAGGAGCUGGGCGUCCCCGUCUUCCUCUACGGCGCCGCCUCCUCCAGCGACUACCGCCGGACCAUGCCACAAAUCCGCGCCGGCGAAUACGAGGGAAUGAAAGAUAAGCUACAAAAGCCGGAAUGGGCGCCGGAUUUCGGGGAUCCGAACUGGGUGCCUCGAUGGGGCGCCUCGGUCACGGGUGUGAGGAAGUUCCUCAUCGCCUACAACGUCAACAUGGUUGCCACCAAGGAACAGGCACACAGGAUAGCAUUGAAUCUUCGGGAUCAAGGCCGUGGCCCCGAGCAGCCGGGCCGCCUCCGCUGCUGCCAGGCUAUAGGUUGGUAUCUCCAAGAGCAGAACAUCGCACAAAUCAGCAUCAAUCUCACUGACUUCGAAGUCACGCCCAUACACGUCGCCUACGAAGAGGCGAAGAAGGACGCCGAGGACAUGAAACUGGCCGUCACAGGGUCGGAGAUCGUGGGGCUCGUCCCCUUGGAGGCACUCUUGAUGGCCGCUGACUACUACAUCCAGAAGGAGAACCUCUUCAUCUUGGAGGAGGACCAGAAAGUUCACCUCGCCAUCAACCGCCUUGGACUCAGUACCAUUUCACCUUUCAAGCCGAAGGAGCGAGUUAUCGAGUACUGCUUAGAGAACAGUGGGACGGGGGAGCUGGCCGGCGGCAGCGUGGAGGGCUUCAUCAGGAGCGUGGCUUCCCGCUCUCCCGCCCCUGGAGGAGGCUCCGUCGCCGCCGUCGUCGCCGCUCUAGGCGCAGCUUUAGGCGCCAUGGUGGGACAGUUGACGUACGGCAAGCGUCAAUGGGAGUCCUUGGACGCCACCAUCCGCCGGGUCCUCCCGCCCCUCCACCAGGCGGCAGUAUCCCUCAUUCCUGCCAUUGACGCUGACACCGCCGCCUUCAACAAGUACAUGGCAGCCACGAAGCUUCCUCAGAAAACGGACGAAGAGCGGGCAGCCCGAGAGGCAGCAAUGGCCGCUGCCACAGAGGAGACCAUACAGGUGCCUCUCUCACUCCUGAGGAAGGUGAACGCGGGCACCUGGGAGGCCCUCACUCAGCUCGCCGAUGUCGGCAACAUUAAUUGCAGGUCGGACCUCCAGGUCGGGGCGAGGUGUCUGGAGGCAGGGGCCUGGGGCGCCUUCUACAACGUUCAAAUUAAUCUGAACAACAUUACCGAUGAGGCUACACGCGCCAGAUACCUGAGGGAGGCAGACGACCUCCUCCAGCAGGCAAGAAAGGGCUGCAGCAAUGUGUUAGAGGCCGUCGACAAGAGGCAGAAGUAAUAUGGUAUUAAGUACUGUUUACAUUUCUAUGUUUUUAUCAAGGUAUUAAUUAAAGCUAAUUAUCACA